CCCGCUAACUUCCAUCUAUUAUCCUCAUCACGAAGGCAGCCCACUCACGCGACCUCCCUCUCCCUCGUUUCCUCUCCCAUCUAAUCCGCCGCCAUUAGCAGCGCCAGCCAGCGGGAGAGGAACUGGCUCUGCUCUCCCAUGCAGCCACACCAGCUUCGUCGCCUGGAGGGAGGAGAAGAUGGCGGUGGCGGCUUCGAUCUAUGAUCUGCCUCGAUGCGGGUCUCCUCCAGUGAGUGCCUAUGCGGCGACGGCUACGGCGACAACGAGUGAAGGAGAUGAAGUGGAGGCAACUCGAGGGCCUCCUAGGGGGCCUGGUCCAGUUCUCCCCCGCCGCCUCCUCUGCUCGAUUUGGCCUCCAAAAAAAGGCAGGCGAUGCUCUGAUUCAGCCGUAUACUCAUUUCAUCUCUGAUUUUGAGAGCAAGAUCAAUCUUCUUAAAUUUGCUCACUUCGCAGUAGUAGUUUCACUCCAGUAUUCAGAUAAAGAUGCUGGUAUAAGCUAUCUCGAAGGCAUAAUUUCAAAACUGCGUGAUACCAAGGAAUCACGGGUUGAAGAGCCCAUUCUGUAUUUGAAGAUGCAGAUUGCAAGUUUUCUUCUUGAGAAAGGGAAUCAAAAGGAGUGUAAGAAACUGGUAGACGAGGGUAAAACCACUUUGGAUAGCAUGGGCGAUGUUGAUCCUUCAGUACUUUCGACCUAUUAUUAGUUAUGUUCUCAGUACCAUAAAGUGUGUCAAGACUAUUCUGAAUUUUAUAAAAAUGCUCUUCUAUAUCUUGCAUACA